GCGCAGCGGAGAGAGGGGAGAGGAGGGCGCCGGGCUGCGGAGCGCGGAGCGGAGGGCGCGGGACUCUGCACGCCGCCCGCGGGCCCAUGUGAGCGCCAUGCGGCGCCGCGCAGCCCGGGGACCCGGCCCGCCGCCCCCAGGGUCCGGACUCCCGCCGCUGCCGCUGCCGCUGCUGCUGCUGCUGCUGCUGCUGCUGGCGCUAGGGACCCGCGGGGGCUGCGCCGCGCCCGCACCCGCGCCGCGCGCCGAGGACCUCAGCCUGGGAGUGGAGUGGCUAAGCAGGUUCGGUUACCUGCCCCCGGCUGACCCCACAACAGGGCAGCUGCAGACGCAAGAGGAGCUGUCGAAGGCCAUCACAGCCAUGCAGCAGUUUGGCGGCCUGGAGGCCACCGGCAUCCUGGACGAGGCCACCCUGGCCCUGAUGAAAACCCCGCGCUGCUCCCUGCCAGACCUCCCUGUCCUGACCCAGGCUCGCAGGAGACGCCAGGCUCCAGCCCCAACCAAGUGGAACAAGAGGAACCUGUCGUGGAGGGUCCGGACAUUCCCACGGGACUCGCCACUGGGGCGCGACACGGUGCGCGCACUCAUGUACUACGCCCUCAAGGUCUGGAGCGACAUUGCACCCCUGAACUUCCACGAGGUGGCAGGCAGCGCCGCCGACAUCCAGAUCGACUUCUCCAAGGCCGACCACAACGAUGGCUACCCCUUCGACGGCCCCGGCGGCACCGUGGCCCACGCCUUCUUCCCCGGCGACCACCACACUGCCGGGGACACCCACUUUGACGACGACGAGGCCUGGACCUUCCGCUCCUCCGAUGCCCACGGGAUGGACCUGUUUGCGGUGGCUGUCCACGAGUUUGGCCACGCCAUUGGGUUGAGCCAUGUGGCCGCCACGCACUCCAUCAUGCGGCCGUACUACCAGGGCCCGGUGGGUGACCCGCUGCGCUACGGGCUCCCCUACGAGGACAGGGUGCGCGUUUGGCAGCUGUACGGUGUGCGAGAGUCUGUGUCUCCCACGGCACAGCCCGAGGAGCCUCCCCUGCUGCCGGAGCCCCCACACAACCGUUCCAGCGUCCCGCCCAGGAAGGACGUGCCCCACAGAUGCAGCACUCACUUUGACGCGGUGGCCCAGAUCCGGGGUGAAGCUUUCUUCUUCAAAGGCAAGUACUUCUGGCGUCUGACUCGGGACCGGCACCUGGUGUCCCUGCAGCCGGCACAGAUGCACCGCUUCUGGCGGGGCCUGCCGCUGCACCUGGACAGCGUGGACGCCGUGUACGAACGCACCAGCGACCACAAGAUCGUCUUCUUUAAAGGAGACAGGUACUGGGUGUUCAAGGACAAUAACGUAGAGGAAGGAUACCCGCGCCCCGUCUCCGACUUCAGCCUCCCGCCUGGCGGCAUCGACGCUGCCUUCUCCUGGGCCCACAAUGACAGGACUUAUUUCUUUAAGGACCAGCUGUACUGGCGCUACGAUGACCACACGAGGCGCAUGGACCCCGGCUACCCCGCCCAGAGCCCCCUGUGGAGGGGUGUCCCCAGCACGCUGGAUGACGCCAUGCGCUGGUCCGACGGUGCCUCCUACUUCUUCCGUGGCCAGGAGUACUGGAAAGUGCUGGAUGGCGAGCUGGAGGCGGCACCCGGGUACCCGCAGUCCACGGCCCGGGACUGGCUAGUGUGUGGAGACUCACAGGCCGACGGAUCUGUGGCUGCGGGCAUGGACGGGGUGGAGGGGCCCCGCGCCCCUCCGGGACAGCAUGACCAGAGCCGCUCGGAGGACGGUUACGAGGUCUGCUCUUGCACCUCUGCGGCAUCCUCUCACCCGGGGGCCCCAGGCCCACUGGUGGCUGUCACCACGCUGCUGCUGCUGCUGCUGCCACUGUCACCAGGUGCCCUGUGGACAGCGGCCCAGGCCCUGACGCUGUGACGCACAGCGCGAGCCCAUGAGAGGACAGAAGCUUGGGGACAGCCUGGCCAUAGAGGGCAAGGACUGCGCCGAGUCCCUGGGGGAGGUGCUGGCGCGGGACGAGGAUGGGCCACCCUGGCGCCGGAAGGUCAGCAGAGGGCGCUGCCCGCCAGGGCUGGGCAGACUCAGGCGGCCGGGACGGAGCUGUCCACUAGUGAGGGACUGCGUUGACUGACGAGCCAAGGGGUGGCUGCUCCAGAGGGGUGCCCGGUCAGGCCGCACCGCCACCAGCCUCCCCCGGCCCUGGAGGGAGCAUCCCGGGCUGGGGGCCCGCCCCUCUCCGUGCCGACGCCGCCAACCCCACCCACACUGCUGCCUGGUGCUCCCGCCGGCCCACAGGGCCUCCGUCCCCAGGUCCCCAGUGGGGCAACCCUCCCCACAGACGAGCCCCCCACACAGUGCCGUGGCACGUCCCCCUGUGACGCGUUCCAGACCACCACGCUGUGCCGCGGCACGUCCCCUCCGUGACGCGUUCCGGACCAACAUGACCUCUCCCUGCUUUGUA